AUGAGUUCCAUAACGAAAUUUCUAAAUUUAAAAAGUAUUGGAUCAACUAUAAAGAAAUACUCCAGGUUCAUCGGUCCAGGAUUGAUGGUUAGUGUGGCAUACAUGGACCCUGGUAACUACUCCACAGCAGUGGCAGCUGGAUCUGCUUAUAAAUUCAACUUGUUGUUUCUGAUCCUAUUAUCAAAUUGUUUAGCAGUAUUCUUGCAAAUUCUAGCAGCAAAAUUGGGUGCGGUCACAGGAUUAGAUUUGGCCGCUAAUUGUAAAGCACAUUUCUCCCGUAGAACUAAUCUAAUAUUGUAUUGUCUAACGGAAAUUGCCAUUAUAGCGACAGAUUUGGCAGAAGUUGUGGGUACUGCUAUUGCAUUAAAUAUUUUGUUUAAAAUACCAUUAUUUGCUGGGGUCAUUGUUACUGUUGUUGAUGUGCUAAUAGUUUUAAUGGCAUAUCGUCCAAAGGGACCACUUUUAUUUAUUAGAAUUUUUGAAGGAUUUGUUUCGAUUUUGGUUGCAGCCACUGUGGUUUGUUUUGCUAUUGAAUUAUAUCAAGUUAGUCAUGAUGAAACCAUUCAAUUUUCAGUAGGUGAAGUUUUAAAAGGAUUCUUACCAAACAAAGAUGUUGUUGAUAUGUCAGAAAGAGAAGGCGGAAGUGGGUUAUUUUUAAGUUUGGCCAUUUUGGGUGCCACUGUCAUGCCUCAUUCAUUAUAUCUCGGUUCUGGCUUGGUGCAAUCAAGAUUGAAAGAUUUUGAUGUCAAGAAUGGAUUUUAUAAACCUUGGGGAAAACGUUCCGUUGAAGAGCCAAGACCAUCAACCCCAGAAGAAGCCGAAUACUCUUUGGUACACGAAGAAGACGAGAAUUUAACUCCUAUUGCGACACCAUUAGUUCACAAUAAUCAGCAAGGUUUUGAAAAAGAUGAUGAUGCUACUCUUGAAAUUUCCAAUGAAGAUGAAGAUGAUCAUUAUAGACCUUCUAUUCAUGCUAUUAAAGAUACCAUGACUUAUACUAUUAUUGAGUUGGUUAUUUCAUUGUUCACUGUCGCACUUUUCGUGAAUGCUGCCAUUUUAAUUGUUGCCGGUGCAACUUUAGAUACUGGAACCAACAACACAAGAGACGAUCAUGAUUCAGGAAACGAAUCUGAUUCUGAUUCUGAUGAUGAUUAUGACUAUGAAAAUGCUGAUUUGUUUACUAUUUAUCAUUUAUUAUCUAAACAUUUGUCUCCAACUGCGGGUUUUGUUUUCGCAUUGGCAUUAUUAUGUUCUGGUCAAAGUGCAGGUGUUGUUUGUACUUUGGCAGGGCAAAUGGUUUCUGAGGGAUUUUUAAAUUGGACAUUACCACCAGUUACAAGAAGAUUGAUUACUCGUGCAUUGGCAAUUGCCCCUUGUCUUUUUGUUGUUAGUUUUGCUGGUAGAGAAGGUUUAGGUAAGAUUUUGAAUGCUAGUCAAGUUGUCUUAUCGGUCUUGUUACCAGUUGUAAGUGCUCCACUUAUUUGGUUUACAUGUAAUAAAACCACCAUGAGAGUUCCUAUUUUUGUUAGAGAUGGAGAUGAAGAAGUUGAUAUUUUAUUUGAUGAUUCUGAUGAACAUAGUGAACAAUCUACUGCGGUAGCAACUUCAAGAUUUAAAAGUUCUGAACCAGCUAUUAGAUUACAAGAUUUGAGAAAAUCACAUCCUUGUUCAGGUUGGGACGAAGAUGAUGAAGAUCAUCAUUUACAAAUUGAAGAAAACCGACGUUUGAUUGGAGAUGCAAGUAUAGAAGCUGCUGCUUAUUCACAUUCUCAAUCAACAGUUAUGAAAUCAAGAACCAAUUCAGUUUCCAUUACACAAGGGGAAGUGCUACCAACUGAUGAUUCAACUGCUUCUUCAUCAUUAUCCACACCUUCUUUACCAAUUGAAGUAUUUGAAGAUUGUGACCAAGAUAUAUAUCGUAUUAAAGGUUAUAAGGAUUUCAGUAAUGGUCCUGGUGCUACAUUUCUAGCUGUAUUGGUAUGGGCAUUCGUCGCAUUUUUAAACUUGUACUUGAUUGGAAGUAUGAUUCUUGGAUAUGAUGUACCAUUAUAA